AUGGUCACGACACGAUCAAUUCGAAAAGCGGGCGAGUUGGUGUCGAACUCAGUUCGACGGACGUUUUCCACCAAGAAAUGGGAACAUCGUGAACAACUACACACACUUGUCGAAACGGAUCGAUUCUUCUUACGGAAAGUGCGAUGGCAGAUUUCAAUCCUCGCCCAUAUCGGUUUUGCUAUCGCUUUCGGGAUUCGGGCGAAUUUCGGUGUAGCGAAGAACCGAAUGAUGAACAACUUCACCGAUGCAUGGGGCGAUACACAUGGAGGGAAUGGGGGAGAUGUACAUAGCCCGCGACUUUGCCAUCGAGUCUUCCGUAAAACCUCGUAUCACAAUGGAAAUCCCAAAGCUGUGCGUCGAAGGUUGUUUUGCUUUGGAGUUGCUAUCGCCAGUAUACUGAAUCUGAUCGUUGCGUUUGCAUUUCAAUAUCAUCCAUUUACGGACGUGGUGGUGAUGGGAAUGCAGGUCGUACAGGGCUUGGCACUGGGUGUCACCUAUCCUGCAAUGCACGGCGUCUGGCGACACUGGGCUCCACCACUGGAACGUUCAAAACUUGCCACCACCACGUUUACCGGUAGUUAUGUGGGAGUUAUGAUCGCCUUACCUUUGUCGGCCGCUCUUGUCAGUUAUUUCUCAUGGUCAGCUCCGUUCUACGUGUAUGGUUGUUCUGGAAUUUUAUGGGCAUUGUGUUGGUGGUAUGUGUCUGCUGCCACACCAAACGAUCAUUCCUAUAUCACAGAAGAGGAACGAAAUUACAUUGUGGAAAAAGUUGGAACCGUCGUCAUGGGAAAUAUGACGCUGACUACUGUCCCAUGGAAAACCAUUCUGCUCUCGUUACCUGUGUGGGCAAUCACAAUUUGUAAUUUCUGCCGUUCGUGGACGUUCUUCUUGUUACUUGGCAACCAACUCACCUACAUGAGAGAUGUGCUCCAUUUGGACAUUCGUCACAGUGGCUUAAUCUCAGCCUUACCGCAACUGAUGAUGGCAAUCGUUGUCUUGAUAUCAGGACAAUUGGCCGAUUGGCUACGAUCCACUGGCAAGAUGAAUACCGGCCCAGUAAGGAAGAUGUUCAACACCCUAGGAUUUUCUGGCGAAGCCCUGUUUCUGGCCUUGUUGGCCUUCAUCCAUGACCCAACACUGGCUGUCUUCUGUCUUGUGAGCGCUGCCACCUUAAGUGGAAUGAACGUUGCCGGAUUCAACGUGAAUCACUUCGAUAUUGCUCCUCGUUAUGCAUCCAUUCUAAUGGGCCUGUCAAAUGGCUUUGGAGCACUAGCAGGCCUAAGCGGUUUCAUCACACAGAACCUCACCGUCAACAAUCCUGCCGGCUGGAAAUACUGCUUCCUACUCGCAAUGUCUGUUGAUAUUUUCGGCAUCUUCUUCUUCUUGCUAUUCGCCAAAGGAGAAGUUCAGGACUGGGCACGUGAGCCUGAACCGGAAGAAACACUAGGAGAGUUCGUCAGACGAAUUUGUGAGUUAUCAACUUUUAUUCAUCCGCUUGAUCAGUCUAUUUAUUCAAUUAUUUGA